GAGGGGGGCGGCCGAGCCCCGCCAACAGAGGACAAGCCCAGGAGUCCGGCCCGACAAGGCUCGGGCCCCGCCCCUCGGCCCCGCCCCCGCCUGGCGGCCGCGCCUCUUAGGCGGGCGGAGCCGCUGAGCUUCGCCGCGGCGGGGAGGAGGGGAGAGCAGGCUCAGAGGCGGCUGCAGGGCACUGGGCUGGGCGGUGCUUUUUUUUUUCUUUUCUUUCUUUCUUUUUUUUUUUUUUUUUCGCAAUUUCCACUUUCGGAGAGCAGGAAACCCGGAGCAGCCGGGUGCAGCGGGGCCGCGAUGCAGCAGCAGCAGCAGCAGGAGUCGCCCCAGGGCAGCAGCGGCAGCAGCAGCAGAAGCAGUAGCGGGCGGCGCUGAGCUGCCACCACCGCCGCUGAGGAAGAAGCCGGCCAAGCAGCAGCCGCGUCCCGACGCCCGCGCCCCCGAUCCCCGCGCCGCGACCUCCGCGCCCCGAACCCUACGCCCGGUUCCGCCAACUUUCACUCUGCUUUGGCGACUCAGCUCGGCUUGGCGCCAAUGGUGGAGGCCAUAGUGGAGUUUGAUUACCAGGCCCAGCAUGAUGAUGAGCUGACGAUCAGCGUGGGUGAGGUCAUCACCAACAUCAGGAAGGAGGAUGGAGGCUGGUGGGAGGGACAGAUCAACGGCAGGAGAGGUUUGUUCCCUGACAACUUUGUAAGAGAAAUAAAGAAGGAUGUGAAGAAAGACCUUCUCUCUAACAAAGCUCCUGAGAAGCCCAUGCAUGAUGUGUCCAGUGGAAACUCUUUGCUUUCUUCUGAAACCAUUUUAAGAACCAAUAAACGAGGAGAGCGACGGAGACGCCGAUGCCAGGUGGCGUUCAGCUACCUGCCUCAGAAUGACGAUGAGCUUGAGCUGAAAGUCGGGGACAUCAUAGAGGUUGUAGGAGAGGUGGAGGAAGGAUGGUGGGAAGGCGUACUCAAUGGGAAGACUGGAAUGUUUCCUUCCAACUUCAUCAAGGAGCUGUCAGGGGAGUCGGAUGAGCUUGGCAUUUCCCAGGAUGAGCAGCUUUCCAAGUCAAGGCCUGAAGGUUUCCUUCCAGCUUCUCUGCUGCCCUUUCCAGCUCAUGGAGCAAAAGGAAAGACUACCUUUGAAGGGACAAUUCUGUACCGAGCUGCACCGGGAAAGACGGAGGGCCACAGACGCUAUUACAGCUUAAGAGAAACCACAGGCUCCGAGAGUGAUGGAGGCGACUCAAGCAGUACCAAGUCUGAAGGCGCCAAUGGGACGGUGGCAACUGCAGCUAUCCAGCCCAAGAAAGUUAAAGGAGUGGGGUUUGGAGAUAUUUUCAAAGACAAGCCAAUUAAACUAAGACCAAGGUCGAUUGAAGUGGAAAAUGACUUCCUGCCUGUAGAAAAGACAAUUGGGAAGAAGUUACCUCCAGCUACAUCAACCCCAGACCCAUCGAAAACAGAAAUGGACAGCAGGACAAAGACCAAGGAUUACUGCAAAGUAAUAUUUCCAUAUGAGGCACAGAAUGAUGACGAAUUGACAAUCAAGGAAGGAGAUAUAGUGACUCUCAUCAAUAAGGACUGCAUCGAUGUAGGCUGGUGGGAAGGAGAGCUCAAUGGCAGACGAGGAGUGUUUCCUGACAACUUCGUGAAGUUACUUCCGUCAGACUUCGACAAGGAAGGGAAUAGACCCAAGAAGCCGCCACCUCCAUCCGCUCCUGUCAUCAAACAAGGGGCAGGUACCACAGAGAGAAAACAUGAAAUUAAAAAGAUACCUCCUGAAAGACCGGAAACACUUCCAAACAGAACAGAAGAGAAAGAAAGACCAGAGAGAGAGCCAAAACUGGAUUUACAGAAGCCUUCUGUUCCUGCCAUCCCACCUAAAAAGCCUCGUCCACCUAAGACCAAUUCUCUGAACAGACCCGGUGUGUUGCCCCCAAGAAGACCCGAGCGACCAGUGGGCCCACUGACACACACCAGGGGUGACAGUUCAAAGAUUGACUUGGCAGGCAGCACGCUCUCUGGCAUCUUGGAUAAGGACCUCUCAGACCGCAGCAAUGAUAUUGACCUAGAAGGUUUUGACUCCGUGAUAUCAUCUACUGAAAAACUCAGCCACCCAACCACAAGCAGACCAAAAGCUACGGGAAGACGGCCUCCUUCUCAGUCGCUCACAUCUUCUUCCCUUUCAAGCCCUGAUAUCUUUGACUCCCCAAGUCCCGAAGAAGAUAAAGAGGAACACAUUUCGCUUGCGCACAGAGGAAUAGACGUGUCAAAGAAGACUUCCAGAACUGUUACCAUAUCCCAAGUGUCUGAUAACAAGGCUUCCCUGCCACCCAAGCCAGGGACCAUGGCAGCUGCCAGCAGUGGGCCAGCCUCUCUCUCUUCAGUGGCUUCCUCUCCCAUGUCAUCCUCUUUGGGAACAGCUGGACAACGAGCCAGUUCUCCAUCUCUGUUCAGCGCAGAAGGAAAAGCAAAGACGGAGUCUGCAGUGAGCAGCCAGGCUGCCAUCGAGGAGCUCAAGAUGCAAGUCCGUGAGCUGAGAACCAUCAUCGAGACCAUGAAGGACCAGCAGAAACGUGAGAUUAAGCAGUUACUGUCAGAAUUGGAUGAAGAGAAAAAGAUCCGGCUCCGAUUGCAGAUGGAGGUGAAUGACAUAAAGAAAGCUCUCCAAUCAAAAUGAAUACUUGAUCAUUGAAACGCCACAUUAUUCACCCCGAGUGCAAGACUCAGAUAUUCUGCCCCAAUCAAAAUCAUCUUGUGCCAAAAAAAAAAAAAAUUAAAGGUUUGAUUCAUCGUGUCCCUGUUUGAACAUUCAGCACAAAAGUCUUCUUAGCACAACACAAUUCUACCCAAGAGAAGACUCUUUCCCAUGGUGUUGUCCUGGGUCCGGCAGUGGUUGUGAUUUAGAGCCAAACGUGCUAAAGGCUUUUCUACCUUGAGAUCUCCGGCAAAAUGAAAACUCAGGCAGUUUAGUCCAUAGUAGUACUAUUUUGAUGAUAUUUUCCAUUAACAAAAUGUAAUUUCGGAUUAUUCGUUUAUAGGCUUUAUAAUGUUAUGGUUUUUUUUUUUUAAAUCGUGUUUUGUCACAGAUGCCCCUAGUGUUUGUGCUAACGUAGUCAGAAGCAAGUGCCUCACUCACUUGCUGCAGAUGGAGCAAAUGCUGCCUGGCUUUGUAUUCCCCAUUUAGGAGUCUAUCACAUAUGCAAUUUGAGGUCCAAUCCUUCCCUUUCCCUGCCAGCUGACCCCCACCACUCUAAGAGAAAUUUUAGCUUAUAUAUGAUGGUAUAUUUACAAAAAGAGAAAGAAAAAAUCUGGUAUUUGCAAUGAUCUGUGCCUUCUUUCUACCACCCUUUUGAUUGGAGCUUUUGUGAUGCAGCUACCAAGAUUCCAAAUAAAGAAAUAAAAAUCAGCCACUUUUAUCCCUGUCCACUAGAGGCCACUGUCUUCACAGCUUCUCUCACCCUAGCCAAAGGUCCUAAGAGGAAUCCGCUGAGAAGUCUGGCCUGCUCUUUGGUACCAGCUGUGACUUUUCCGUUUCUCCUGCUUUGAGGUUGUUCACGAGACUAGAAAUGUCAUUCCAGCUUGAUUGUUUUAUCAUCAGCCAAGUUAAACCCCUGCUUCCUGCCUUUUACACCUAUUGCGUGAACAGAAUAUGCAUUAUUAAAGCAAAAAUAAAUAAAAAUAAAAUGCAAGUGAAAA